UUCUGACAUUUCUUUGUCGAUUAAUUCAUGAAUUUGUGUAGCCGAGUCUUUAUUUCUUUAAUUUUCUAAGUAAUAAUUGAAAAAUAUCCACAAUGGCUACUGUUGUAAAAGCGAAGGAUAUCAAGCCAGAGCCCGUGGCGUACAGCGAAGCAGCGCUCAGAAACAAUGGCGCUGUUAUCGAGUAUUGCAGGACUUCGAUGGCUGCGCUUUCGGGCUCUACAGCGGGUGUUCUCGGCCUGACUAGCCUCUACGGCUUCAUGUUCUACGUCCUCUCCGUGGUGGUGCUGUUUAUCAUGUUCAUGGUGAAGACCGGGCCAAACUGGCACAAGUACCACAUCUCUCGGCAAGCAUUGCUGACGAACAGCUUCUUCGCUUCGUUGUGCACCUAUGUGCUGUUCUGGACCUUUAUAUAUGGGAUGGUUCAUGUAUAUUAAAAAUGUAAAUUUAACCUUGUAAACUUAAGAGUCAAAAUUCUUUUUAAUGCAUUUUAACUGCCUCCUAGUCUAAUAUGUAGUAGGGAGUGCUUCGGUACUGGUUUUCUAUACACAUACAGUACUGGAAACGGGAAUUCAUGGUUCUCGCCAUACAAACACAGUACCAGGAGCAUUCCCUAUUUGUAGUGAUGCCUAUGAAGCAGGAGGUCCUGGGUUGGAAUCCUGGUAAGGGCAUUUAUUCGUGUGCUUAUAAUAAGUAUUUGUUCCUGAGUUAUCAUUGAGAUAUGGUUAUGGUAUGGAGAUAGUUUGACGUCCGAAGAAGGAUAUAAGAUAAUGUUUAUCAAUCAUCAUUCCACGUAGACGAAAUUGCGGGUUGCGGGUUUUUUACCGUGGGUAUCGUUUCUUAAAUAGCGACUUUAUUUCGUUUGUGUUAAGGUAAAUAUUCAAAUGACUACAACAAUCUUUCACUUUGAAAUACCAAUAAGUACAGAUACUCGUACCAUAGAGUGAGAGAAGCGCUGGUGGCCUAGCGGUAAGAGCGUGCGACUUUCAAUCCGGAGCUCGCGGGUUCAAACCCCGGCUCGUACCAAUGAGUUUUUCGGAACUUAUGUACGAAAUAUCAUUUGAUAUUUGCCAGUCGCUUUUCGGUGAAGGAAAACAUCGUGAGGAAACCGGACUAAUCCCAAUAAGGCCUAGUUUCCCCUCUGGGUUGGAAGGUCAGAUGGCAGUCGCUUUCGUAAAAACUAGUGCCUACGUCAAAUCAUGGGAUUAGUUGUCAAGCGGACCCCAGGCUCUCAUGAGCCGUGGCAAAAUGCCGGGAUAACGCCAGGAGGAAGAAGAAGGAGACUUGUACCAUAGAGUAAUAUAAUAUAAGUAAAAAAAGAGUGGUAACUCCAUACAACAGUGUUCUUACCAAAACGCGCGUUAUUUCGCAGUCGACAUCUAACGUCAAGUAGUGGAACUAUCACUACCGCUACUUGACACCAGAUGGCACAAGUGUCGCUACUGACGAAAAAUGUACUGCUAGAACAAUUUACAACUAUUAUUAGAAGCAGGAGUUGAAAUUAGAGUUUUGAGUAAUCCGGUUAUAAUAUUAGCUGAAAAUUGUAAAUUGUUGAGCAUUAGAGUUUUUGUUUGCUGCGACAUCUAUUGUCGGCUAGCAGUACUGAUAUAUUCCGGUACUUGACGCUAGAUGUCGCCUACGAAAUAACGCGCUUUUUGGUAAGAAAACUAGCUGAUGUAUGGAGUUACGACUCUUUCUUUACAUAUAUGAUAUGACUCUGCCGAUAUAUACAGGGUUACUUUUUUACAAUAAAUCAACAUACGUAAUUGUUGCCAAAAAUAAAAAAUACCAGCAUUCUUUGUUACUACUAUUUGGGAACAAAAAAACAAAAAUACCAAUGCCCAAACUUAUCCGCUAAAGUACUAGAAAAUGUGGAUGCCUUACGCAUCAAUUAUAGCAAACGCACGAACUGGCAACUGUUUGUUUACGUCAUCGCGCGCGAUUUAGCGAGCGGCUUAGUGCAACCAGAAGUUACUAAAUUGGUGAAGGAUAAAUUAAUUGAUGCGAAAUAUAAAAAAAAAUAUUUGUGCAAUGUGAUCUAUUAUCGAUACCAAUGAUGUGGUAAAAUUUAUUGUACCGGUAAAAAAGUAACCCUGUAUACAAAGUGAACGAAUACAACUUGAAAUAAGUCUUAAUUUAAGAUAUAAUUAUGUAUGUUUAUAAAAAUAUAAGUAAUAUAAAUGA